UUCCUCUGACGACCAACUGAUACUGUAUUUGCUAUGUCAGUGUUAUUACCUGUGUAAAGUCCAGGGCGGGUGUUUUUUGUCCUAUAAAUUCACGUGAUCUGUGCCUUGACUUGUAGGAGGAGAAGAGUGACCCAUGAUAUAUAAAGGGAAGUACACAAGACUAGUGCAGCGCAACUGCAACGUGCUGCUUGCCGGUGUACAAUAAGCGAGCAUGUGAAUAAAAACACCCCCACUCUUUAAACGGAUACCUGCAUUAACGCUAAAACAAAGGGGGAAUUAUAAAUGCAAUAUAUUAUAAACAAGCUAUUCAUUCUGUACGCGACAUUAAAACAAACAAACAAACUACUGGAACAGUAGUUACAAGACAUUUAGGAAUUAUACGUUUUCAAGUUAACACACUGCGGUGAUAGAUUUCGUAUAUUGGUAAAUAAACUUGAAACAAUGCAACGCUUUCCACGCUUUAACGAAGGGCUCCAGAUUGAUAUUCGGAUUUCAAAUUUAACAGGCUUGGAACACGACUGGACAGGGGUCUAUGAUGCUGUACGAUGGAUCCAGUUUAUCAUGGCAAUUUUAAGUAUCUUAGGUUCAGGCUCUAUCAUUACUUAUGCGGCAUUCCAGAAUUUAAUCAAGACUCCAGAGAUCCGGCCUCUCUUCUACCUCAGCUUCACUGACCUGCUGCUGGGGGUCAGCUGGCUGGUUGGAGCUGUGUUGUACAGAGAACCUCUGGGCAGUCAGAACAUCGCCUGCUACAACCUGCAAUCCACAGGACAGAUAUUCUACAUAUCUUCCUUCUUCUACACUAUAAACUACACCUGGGUCCUGUACACGGAUUUAAAGGAGAAGUACAACAGGACAGUGAAUGGUUUCUCUCAAGUGGGUUCAAACCAUGCAUAUCGAGUCAGCAGGAUCGUGACAAUUUUAUCAGGUGUGAUCCCUGUUCUCCUCAUGGCUCCUGUGUUCUGGGGUGGGAAUGUUGCAAAGUGCUACCAGAACUUCAGCCAGCCCUACAAAUGUCUUCUGAUGCACACUGGGACCCUGGAGCUGGACACAGGCUACAGUGAAGGUGACACCAAGGUCUGCCACGCCAUGCAUUACUAUGGCAUCGGUGUCUUCCUGCUGACUUUCUUCUGCACGUUCACAGGCAUCGUGGUUUUGCUGUUGAAAGCUCGCUCACUGUACAAGCGCUUUGUGAACUCCAGAGGGUUUCUGGGAGACCAGCAGUGGGGGAACAUCAGAGUGAUCGAGCGCAGGGUCAUCCUCUACCCCACCGCCUUCUUCUGCUGCUGGGGUCCAGCGAUUGUUCUUGCGACAGUGAAGCUGUUUAACCCAACUGGCCAGGAGAAGUUCUAUGUGGUCCUCUGCAUCCUGCAGGCGUUCACGUCGGCUUCACAGGGCAUCCUGAACUGCUUCGUGUAUGGCUUCACGCAGCACAUGUUCCACUUCAUGAAGAAAAAGACGUCCCGGGACGUCGACACCCAGACCCCGUUACUGCGCUCCCAGAAGAAAUGCUACGCCUCUCGGCACUCCAUCAGCACAGGCACCUCCCUGACAACAGGCUAGACAAUGUGGCCCUCGUUUACCCAAUGAGGGUCAGCAACGAUCAGCGAUGAUCCGUAGAUUCUGGAAUCUUCAGCAUCAUUCCAACUACAUAAGUGCACAAAGGUGGACAGAAUGUCCUGUUUAAGGGUGGUUCUGUACUCCUGAAAGGUUCCCCCUGCAUUUUGGGUUAGAUUAACUGAGCAUUUACCCCAGUGCAUAAUUUGCACCAGUUUAUUGUAAAAUACAAUGUUAACGUUGCUAAAUCCAGAGUGCUAUUUUACAAGCUGUCACAUACACCUUAUUUGUUUUGCUUGUAUUAUUUCAUUACUGUGUUAUUUUUUGAACAACGCAGUAAGGAUGCGUGUUUUUUUGUUGUUAUAAGAAUUGUGCAGACUUUAGAGUGAAGUAAAUGCUCAGUGGAUUUGGUACUUUGUGUUUGAUACCAGAAGAACUAAAUGGGAAAGCGAGCUAUUAAACAUGUAUGUAACUUGUUUCUGAAAAUGAUAUUAAGACCACACCACCAUCCCACCAUAAAAUGUCUUGAAGGACAGCUUGCUUUGUAAGUUACAUCAAUGGGAUCAUUCAGGAAAACACAGCAGUAUCACAUCCUAUUACUUCCUUUCACAGCCUUCUGCAUUAGACAGCACUUCAGCGUCGUACCGCGGUGUCCUCAGUUAUUAUCACUAUCAGUUCAUGGGCGGUAAAUCAUUCUACGUUGGGGCUGUGGUGUCCCCAAUACUCUGAACACUACACAGUACAGACGGUUCCGUUGAAGGAAUCAGUUUUCUAUGUACAUUGCUUUAUAUGCAUUGACAUUAUUUCUUGUCUUUUUUAAUGCAAAAUAGUCCUCUUGCUGUUGUUGUUUUAUUAUUAAUGUUAAUAAUAAAAUAAUAGGGCAGCAGUGUGGAGUAGUGGUUAGGGCUCUGGACUCUUGACCGGGGGGUUGUGGGUUCAAUCCCAGGUGGGGGGACACUGCUGCUGUACCCUUGAGCAAGGUACUUUACCUAGAGUGCUCCAGUAAAAACCCAACUGUAAAAAUGGGUAAUUGUAUGUAAAAAUAAUGUGAUAUCUUGUAACAAUUGUAAGUCGCCCUGGAUAAGGGCGUCUGCUAAGAAAUAAAUAAUAAUAAUAAUAAUAAUAAUAUGUCAUUAUUAUUAUAACUGGAAAGGGUAACUGAGUUUGGAUACAGAAUGCAGGUACACUAACUACAUUGCAGCUAGUCUUACUCUGUCUUUGCAAUAUGCAAUUCAAGUACUUACAACAAAAUUAAACUAUCAAGAAAAUAACUUAAAUAUACAUUAAUCAUGUGUUACAUGCAUGUACUAAAUAUUAGUAACUACCGUCAAACUGUAUGUAGUUUGUAACCUGUAUUUUGCAGUGUAUCUGUGUUUUUUGAGUAUUUCUUCUAAAGUAGGAUUAAAAAGAUUUGAGAAUACUGUUCAUGUGCUUGGAUUUUAUUUAUCUAUUUUGAGAUAUAUUUGUUCCUCUUUUAAUCCAGCGCAGUGUUUAGGAGGGAACUAUAUAUUUUUAACCCCCCCUUGUAAAAACAAAUGCCUUCCCCAGGUCUGUGUAUCAUUGUCAGUACUGGUUGGGGGGUGGAGUUACAGUUUGUGAAUCCUUUAAAGGCUGAUCUGUGUGGCCAAAACACCAGACAGGAAGUCAAAAGCACCCACACUCUGUCUUCAGUUUCUCCUCCAACAAAAGUUUCUUCACAACACAGGAUCUAAAUGGCCUUGAAGAAAAAAAAUUUGUACUGAAGACAAUAACAGGUGGAUUUGUUUUUAUUUAUGUUAAGUUAAAAAAAAAAAACACAAAGAAUAAAACAAUUACUAGAAUUAUGGCUUGAACUAUAACAUAAGCAUUGCAUAUCGAACAGAACAAAGGUUCUUAACAGCUCUGCACACAAGCAGAUCAUUUCUGUGUAAGGUUCCUUUAUAAUA